CCGGUGCCCAGCAGUACCCGACUGUCCGGGGCAGACCAGCCGCCGGUGGAGCGGGGUCUGGGCUCGGCGGGGAAGUCGCGGGAUGCAUCGGUAAUGCAGAGCCGGGCCGGGCACAGGGAGCGCAGAGACUGCGCAGGGGCGCGGAUGGGGACAAGGGCGGGUGCGAGGCCGGGGCGUACCGCAGCGAGGAAAUGGGGGUCACAGCCACCCGGCCCAGCCUGAGCGAGAGGAGCUCCCCAUCCUUCCGCGCUGCACCAGGCCGGCAGCUGUCGGUGCUUGUUUUGCCAAAGCCAAAGUUCAUUCUGUUAAUCUCCUUCCCCCCCCAAUAUCUUUCCGUUUUCGUCCAUGAGGUCGAAGUGUCCCAGCAUGGGGACCGUGCUGAGUCCCAUCAUCUGCUGGUGCUUCCCGGGCUUCGGCGGACCGAGCAGCCACAGCGGGGACCGGGGCGUGCUCGGGAGGGUCCCCUGGGGGCCGUGCUCACCCCGCAAGAGAGGGCCCUGCUCCACGCAGCCGACCCCGCUCCCCGGAGGCUGACAGCGGAGCAGGGAGAGCUGGGCCAGCCGCCAGCCCCACCACGGGGCCCUGGGCAGCAGCUGCAGGAGCUGCUGGAAGCCCACCAGCGCCAUGUGGCCGAAAUCCGGGCCAGAACCCAGGAGCUGGAGCAGCAGCGAGAAGGGCUGUGCCAGCGGCUGGCAGCACUGGGGAGCAGGGCGGCUGUGAACACCCACCCCGAGCAGGGGCAGCUGGAGACGGACGGAGACCGUGAGGCGCUCCAGGAUCGUGUCAGACAGAUAGCACUUGGGGGGUGA